AGUGUAGAGGGGAGAUAUAGAUCUAGUUUCCCAGGAAGUCAGACUGUUUUGGUUACAAGGUGACCACUGCCACCAGGUCAGUGCUGGAUUCCUCAAAUGCAGACAGGCUGAUAGGGAGGGCGCGCGCGGAGGUGCAGCCUCGUGGGCGGCAACGUGGGCCGGGACGGCGCCCCAGCCCUGCGCGCGCCGUCCUCGCUGCUCACCUGGAGCGCUCAGGUAGGGCUUGGGCGGGGCAGAAGGCUGGCGCGCAGGCGCGGGACGGGCGCCUCGCCCCUGCCGAAGACGCAGGCUGGAGCUCACCUGGGAGACUCCUGGAGGAAGCGGAGCCUGGGUUCGGCCUCUCCAGGCAACGCAGGAGGCCCAGCGGGAAGGCAGGAGGCGGCGGCGGAGGAGGAGCUCUACUGAGAGGCAACUGUAGCGACAGCAAUCCGAGUCGCCGCCGCCGCCACCUGCACCUGGUGCCUGGCCCACGUCCAGCGCCCUCCCGGCCGCCGCUUCCCGCCGCCCUGCCCUGCCCACCUGCCAGGUAUUACCAUUUAAAGAAACCUUCUUGCCAGCAAAUCUAUGAUUAAAAAAUAUAAGUAACAGAGGAAGUCAUAACUAUUAUUUCUCAAUAACAAGCCUUUAAUGUGACAAUGGCUCACCUAAAGCGACUAGUAAAAUUGCAUAUUAAAAGACAUUACCAUAAAAAGUUCUGGAAACUUGGUGUGGUAAUUUUUUUCUUUAUAAUAGUUUUGAUUUUAAUGCAAAGAGAAGUAAGUGUUCAGUAUUCCAAGGAGGAAUCAAGGAUGGAAAGAAACAUGAAAAACAAAAACAAGAUGUUUGAUUUAAUGCUAGAGGCUGUAAACAAUAUUAAAGAUGCAAUGCCAAAAAUGCAAAUAGGACCACCUGUCAGGCAGAACAUUGAUGUUGCUGAGAGACCCUGUUUGCAAGGAUAUUAUACAGCGGCAGAAUUGAAACCUGUUCUUGACCGCCCACCUCAGGAUUCUAAUGCUCCUGGUGCUUCUGGCAAACCAUUCAAGACAACUAAUUUAAGUAUUGAAGAGCAAAAGGAAAAAGAACGCGGGGAAACAAAGCACUGUUUUAAUGCUUUUGCAAGUGACAGGAUUUCUUUACAUCGAGAUCUUGGACCUGACACUCGACCUCCUGAAUGUAUUGAACAAAAAUUUAAGCGCUGCCCUCCCCUGCCUACCACCAGUGUCAUAAUAGUUUUUCAUAAUGAAGCAUGGUCCACCUUACUUAGAACUGUCCACAGUGUACUCUAUUCUUCACCUGCAAUUCUCCUGAAGGAAAUCAUUUUGGUGGAUGAUGCUAGUGUAGAUGAUUACUUACAUGAAAAACUAGAGGAAUACAUAAAACAAUUUGCUAUUGUAAAAAUAGUCAGACAAAAAGAAAGAAAGGGACUGAUCACUGCUCGGUUGCUAGGGGCAGCAGCAGCAACAGCUGAAACGCUCACAUUUUUAGAUGCUCACUGCGAGUGUUUCUAUGGUUGGUUAGAACCUUUGCUGGCCAGAAUAGCUGAGAACCACACUGCCGUUGUGAGUCCAGAUAUUGCUUCCAUAGAUCUGAACACAUUUGAAUUCAACAAGCCUUCUCCAUAUGGAAGUAACCAUAACCGUGGAAAUUUUGACUGGAGCCUUUCAUUUGGCUGGGAAUCUCUUCCUGAUCAUGAGAAGCAAAGAAGGAAAGAUGAGACCUACCCUAUCAAAACACCCACUUUUGCAGGAGGCCUUUUCUCUAUAUCAAAAGAAUAUUUUGAACAUAUUGGAAGUUAUGAUGAAGAAAUGGAAAUCUGGGGAGGUGAAAAUAUAGAAAUGUCAUUCAGAGUAUGGCAAUGUGGUGGGCAGUUGGAGAUUAUGCCUUGCUCUGUUGUUGGACAUGUUUUUCGCAGCAAAAGCCCUCAUAGCUUUCCAAAAGGCACUCAGGUGAUUGCGCGCAACCAAGUUCGCCUUGCAGAAGUCUGGAUGGACCAGUACAAGGAAAUCUUUUAUAGGAGAAACACAGAUGCAGCAAAAAUUGUUAAACAAAAAUCAUUUGGCGAUAUUUCAAAAAGACUUGAAAUAAGAAACCGCCUUCAGUGUAAAAAUUUUACAUGGUAUCUGAACACUAUUUAUCCAGAAGCAUAUGUGCCAGACCUUAAUCCUGUUAUAUCUGGAUAUAUUAAGAGUGUCAGCCAGCCUUUAUGUCUGGAUGUUGGAGAAAAUAAUCAAGGAGGCAAGCCACUGAUUCUAUACACGUGUCAUGGACUUGGGGGGAACCAGUACUUUGAAUACUCUGCCCAACGUGAAAUCCGGCACAACAUCCAGAAGGAAUUGUGUCUUCAUGCUACUCACAGUCUUGUUCAGCUGAAGUCAUGCGCCUACAAAGGUCGCAAGACAGUUGUUGCCGAAGAACAGAUAUGGGAGAUCCAGAAGGAUCAACUUCUAUAUAAUCCAUUCUUAAAACUGUGCCUUUCAGCGAAUGGAGAGCAUCCAAAUUUAGUGUCAUGCAACCCAUCAGAUCUACUCCAAAAAUGGAUUUUUAGCCAAAAUGAUUAAGUGUUCCUUAAAAUUAAGGAGUUGAAAAGAGAUAUUCUUUCUCAUAAAACUGUGACUAGCAUACACUGUAGUUUUUGAAAAUUAUGCAAAAGCAGCUAAUUGUAACUUAUUCCAAGUGCAUUUUUCUUAUUUAUAUCAUAAGAUAUCUAUGUAGCACUAUGUAGCACUGCUACAGAAAUCCCAUAAGUUUCUGUUUCAAAGCACAAUAACUAGUAAUACCAAAGACUAUUUUAAAAUGUCCAGAUGUAAGAGAAGUUUACAGUAUGAUGAAAAUAAUUUUCCUAGUGAAGUGAUAUUUGUGUGUUUUAUACACUUGAGAAUAUGCAUAGCGACAGUCACACACUCACAAUUUAAACUAUUUCCUCUAGCUUUUUUGGGGGGAGAGAAGGAAAAAGAUUUGAUACUGUAUUUUUUUAACCACAUAGAAAUGUAUCAAUGAAGGUCAAAUAUUGGCCUUUGUAUACAAACCAGGAAAUUUUUAUAGAUCUAGAAUUUAUUAUUUUUAAAUGCGGGUAAACUUUUUUGUCUUUUGUUUACUUGUCUGUCAAAUGUUUCCUUAAAACAUGAAGUUGAAUAAGGAGGAGUAUUUUUAACACUUAAAUUUCUUAACAAAUUUUAAAAAAAACCAUUUUUUAGUCUAAAGCCCAAUCUACUAGAUGCACUAAAAGUCUUCCCUAACUAACUUUUAAGUGACUAUACUGUGUGUUUUCCCAGAGCAAUUUUUUUAAAAAAAAAAAACUUUAUAAAUCUGUUAAUAAGGGGUCCUUUUCCUCCUACUAGUGUUUUUUUCUUACCAAAAUUCACUAAUCUUGAGUGUUUGUGAUAUUGAAUUUCAAAUACAGAAUACUUGACUCAAUGCUAAAUUUUAUUUGUUAUUGAUUCAGUAUAGAUUAUCUUUGUAAUGGAUUUUUUUCAUCAACAAAGCCUUAUUUUAUCUGUGUGAAAAACACAAUAAAAAAAUGCUAAACACUAUUGUAA